UCCGUCGCUCGCGUCGCUUGGCUUUCUUGACACCUGAGACGGCCGCCCGGCGGUCCUGCGGCUUUCCGUCUUGCCGCUGCGGGCCGCAAACUGCGGCCAUGUCCCGAAAGCAGGCGGCGAAGGGCCGGCCGGGCAGCGGCAGCCGGAAAGCCGAGGCCGAGCGCAAGCGGGACGAGCGGGCGGCGCGCCGGGCACUGGCCAAAGAGCGGCGGAACCGAUCGGAGUCCGGCGGCGGCGGCGGCUGCGAGGAGGAGUUCGUCAGCUUCGCCAACCAGCUGCAGGCCUUGGGGCUGAAGCUGCGGGAGGUGCCGGGGGACGGCAAUUGCCUGUUCAGAGCGCUUGGUGACCAGUUGGAGGGACACUCACGAAACCAUCUCAAGCACCGCCAGGAGACAGUGGACUACAUGAUAAAGCAGCGGGAGGACUUUGAGCCCUUUGUAGAGGAUGACGUUCCUUUUGAGAAACAUGUGGCCAGUUUGGCAAAGCCUGGCACAUUUGCUGGCAAUGACGCAAUAGUAGCCUUUGCAAGAAAUCAUCAGUUGAAUGUGGUGAUUCAUCAACUUAAUGCCCCUUUGUGGCAGAUCCGCGGCACAGAGAAGAGCAGCGUGCGGGAGCUGCACAUCGCGUAUCGGUGCGGAGAGCACUACGACAGCGUGCGGAGGCUCAACGACAACUCGGAAGCGCCCGCCCGGCUCCAGACCGAGUUUCAGAUGCUCCAUCAAGAUGAAUCAAAUAAAAGGGAAAAGAUGAAGACGAAGGGAGUUGACUGUGAAGAGGACCUGCGAGAUGAAGUGGAAGAUGCCGUCCAGAAAGUCUGCAGUGCGACUGGGUGUUCAGAUUUUAACCUGAUAGUCCAGAACCUGGAAGCUGAAAAUUAUAAUAUUGAAUCUGCAAUAAUUGCCAUGCUUCAGAUGAACCAGGGGAAAAGAAAUAGUCUGUCUUUGGAAGAUGCAGAGGAGAGCCUGGAGUCCAGCGGCCGAGCGCCCAAGCCGUGUGGCCCUCUGUGGGAGGAGGGUGGCAGCGGCACGAGAAUCUUUGGAACUCAGGGCCUCACUGAAGGCAGGACUGAAAACAGUAAGGAGCGGGCCAGUCCGAGCGAAGAAAAUAAAACAAAUAAAAACCAACUCCCUAAGGCUUUUUGUGACUUGUCCAAUGCCUCCCAAAGGGGUUGCUCGUCUCCCUCCCCGCCCCUGCCCCUGCCAGUAGUAUACGGCGCCGUUCUUCUUACUCAAUAUGGAAUUUACGUUAAAGACUUCCACCACGCGGUUCUGAGCUCGAAACACAGCAUGAUGGGAAAAGCCACAGGCAGAGGUCACCAACAAGCAGAGGAGGGAGCAGCAGCGACUGGACAAGAAGAAGCGGCAGGAGGAGAGGCACCGUCUCAAAGCCCUGGAGAGCAGGAGCGGCCACAGGGACAGCAGCCGGGGUGAAGCAGAGGCCAACACGCAGGUCACCUUGGUGAAGACCUUUGCUGCUCUCAACAUCUGACUCUGGCCCUCUGGGGGCUGCGAGAAGCGAGUGGAAAACGGAGAGCCAAGCUCCAGGCUUUUCCAGCGAGGCCGGCCUCUCACGGACGAAAACAACCCACAGAGCUCACACACAGGCUCACGCUCUGACUUAGUUUCCUUCAAGCUGCCUCUUUUUUGUUCAGACUUUUGGUAGUGAUGUGUUUUAUUUUAUGAAAGUUCAGUGAAGCCAUUCACGUUCUAUAAUUAAAAUACUGAGUUCUAGGGUUGGAGAGUGAGUUCAGGAAAAACCUUUUAGGUGUGCUUUCAUUUGCCCCCAAAAAUCAGAGUUCAGUGACCCUGGGAUUUUUUCCUUAACACUGGGGUGAGUUUUGCUGUAAUUGUUCAUGAAGUAGUUUAGAUUAAUGGCUAGAAAUUCAGAAUGACAAGUUUCCUUUGUGUCUCUUUCAUUUUCCAGCAGAUAUUCACAGACUGGAUAGUUUAUAAACGAUCUCUAACUCAGGAACACAUUUAGAUUUAGUUUUCUACUAAUCCAAGUUAAUCAGAAAUUACUUCAGGAAGUGUUUUCCCAAAGCGAUAGGAAAGGAGGGGGCUGCAGCCGUAGUCAGGGUGGAAAAUUAAACAGCUGCUCCUUCCUGAGUCCCAUGUUCUUCCAGAUGGGAUGCAGGUGCUGUGAGUCUGUCUGCACUCAAGCCCUGGGGUGAGUACGCCUGACUGCUGACUCGGCCUGGACCUCGCUGAAAGAGCGAUAGUGUUGUUGAGUUUUUGGUACUUGUUUCUCGACAACGAGAAGGUGGCAUGUUAUUGCUUAUGAAGGAAUUCUGAGAUUCUGAUGGUCUGGAGGGCGGACGCCGUUGGUGUAAAGGGAAAAAUCAAGAGAUUCCUGAGUCAUAACGAAGAGUCUUAAAGAGUUCCUUGAUUUUGUAGGGGCAGAAGCUCUGGAGAAUAAGGUUUUUCAGGUUCACAUUUUAAGUGACUGUAUUUCCUUCCUUGCUGCACUGGACUUAGAUGCCUUCAGAGAAGUCAUUUGACCUGUUGUUCAAUUCUCUCAGUACUGUGAACAUGAAAUCCUGUAAGAUGCUGUGUCUUUCUUUCCGUUCAAGCCCUUUUGGGGAUAUUGAUGUUGGAAAAGCUCUCCGGCGUUCUAGUAAUUGCCAGUGACCUAGGUUAGCCCAACAGGGCGGAGGCCAUUGAAUGACUCCACAGUUCUGAUGUGGAUUUGGGUCGUGGAGAGAGGUCAUUCCUAAAACUGGUAGAUGGAUGUGAGCUCUCAGACUGUGAUACACAGAGUGGCCGGUCGUGGACAGUCCUUGCCUUUUAGCGACCCAGCAUUUGGACAAAUAAAAUCUGCUGAAUCAAAAGGUAAAUUAGUUACUUUGCCACUCAGAUCUCAAAAUUAGAGAAGCUCCAAGGGGAGGGGAAACGAUACAGACGUUCUGGCUGUAUAUACGUAUCCCUGUCUGGGCCGCCCUGGAUUCGUUGAAUUGUCUCUGUCAGAAGGCGAUUAGUUUCCUUCGGUUGUGAUGAUGUGUUUUAAUGUUUUGUUUGUUUGACUUGGGUGACUUUCUGUAGUUGGAGCCUCAGUAGUUUCCCGGAAUUGCUCUCAGGACAUUGCCGUUGGGGCUACUUCCUGGUCCAGUCCAUUGUGAUGUUUAGCAGGUUUAGAAACAGUGCAGAAUUUUUUCUUGGCACGUUGCAGAGUUCUGAGCAUGACGUCCGGACGAGUGAAGGGUCUCUGUCGCCUCACUGUGUCCAAGAGCGUGAGAUCCAGGGCUGAAGCAUCUCUCGUUCUCUUGGCUUUUGAAUCUGGACCCAGUCCUCACUGCCCCUGAUCUUUUCUGAGUGAAUGGUCUUUCUUGUCUGUCUCGUACGGGGAGAGUGCAGGAGACCAGAGUCUUUCCACAAGAUCGAGACUGUGUACCAGCAACUCAGCAGCAUUAGGAGCCCGAAAUAGCUUAAGGGAUACCCCUUGUCAGAAGCACUAGAACUGCUUUAUGUACCUGGUUCAUGCAGGAGGCCUUGGGCCCUGUUGGGUUUUGAGAAGCUGCUGAAAAGUUAAUUCAGUAAUAUCAGGCACACUUAUAUACAAAUUACCAACUUGGGAUAAUAGGCUUCAGCAUUUCUGGGGUAAAAUAACAACAGUUUUAAAAACUAAUCAUAUGGCUUUGAUAAUUUUAUUACCACUUCAUAGUUUUCCAGUUAGAAUUGGUCUGUGUUUAAUAAGUUAAUUAUUAGGAACAGGGUACAUGUAUCCAGCUCUAGAGCUCUCUUCUAGCUAAGGGUUUGAAUUUAGACUUUACUGCCUCAGUCUCCCUGAAGUGUGAGGUCAUAGAAUCCAUAUGCUUAGUUGCUUUGUAGAUGUUUGAAAACUACGUUAUUGGCAGCCGGCAUGGAGGUGCAGGCGUGGGUUUAGUUCGGGGUAACCGCUGUCGGCGGCGGUGCCCUCGAUGGUAACUCACGUGCACGCUGUGUUACGUCUGGGCUGUGAGAGGUUUACAUUACAGCGGAUUGUCUCGGGAGCUCUUAGGGGGAUCGGGAGAAAGGAGAUGGGGCGGUGGUCUGUAGCUGCCUUCUAGUCUUAUAAACUGUAUAUAAAGGUUUUAUGGAUUUUAAAACGAUUUUUUAAAGGUCAAAAUAAAUAAAAUUUUAGUGGCGACAGCUUUGUACUGGAGAGGUAGAUGUAUUAAAGCAACAUAGAACCGCGUGUUCUAGAUAAUGUAGUUGCCCUCAGGAGAUAUUAGAGAGAGCCUGUCCGUAUAUGUAACCUUGGAGCAGUGUGAACAUGUGCUUUUAGGAGCAGAGCUGGGGCGAGGGAUUGUGGCAGAAAGAAGGAUCUUGACUGGCAGCUGAGGCUGUUGUCUGUAGUUUCUUUUAUAAGCUCUGAAAACCCUUCCACACCCGUUUUGAUCCCAAGGGCGCAUGAAAAGGGGUCCCCCUGUGAGGCAGCCCAGGUGGGCGCAGCGGGGACCCGUGGGCAGGUCAUGUGUAGCGCUCUGCCGUGCCUCCCUGGGGUUUACACCGUGCGAGGACACAGUCCUGGGGGGGAAGGGCCGUGCUGAGUGGGGGAGAGCCGCUCACGUGUGCAGCAGGUGUCAGGUGGCCGCCAGCACGGAACUACACGCGCAGCGAGUCCCUGUCGUCAAUGUGCAGUUUCUCUCGUUCUGAGAAACUCCAGACUCCGCCUGGGUUUUACUGGGUCGGCACAGAAUGCUGUCAGUUUACCUCUGUGAGAUGUUCCCCUCGAAUGUGCAGUCGGGGACAGGAAACUUGGAUUUCUAGUCAGAGUCCCCACCAGUCUCUGAACAAGAGGGCCUUUGCGGGAGGGAGGAAAACGGUCUCUUGGUUUCCGUGUGGCCCAUCUGUGGCCCGCUCGACUCUCGUUUCGGGCAGGCGCAUAGCUCUUCACCUCUUUACCUUUUUACCUCAAGGCUCUGUCUGUAGCAAACGUUUCGAUUCAGGGCCUGACGCAGUUUUUCUGUUUUGCCAUCUUCAUUCUUCACCAGUUCGCCCAUCUCAGCUUUCCGAACAGGUGUUGCUGAGACCCUGGGCCUUCCGACAGUUGUUCUGGGUGAUUCAGUAAUGGCACUUUUUACGAGGCAUGUUUCCCGGACUCUAGAGCAAAGUGUCUUUUCCCACUGAGGCUGAGGCGAAGAUCUAGACUGUAUAUUUAUGGCGCAUCUUCUGCCCUCACAUACUAGAGGGGGCCUGGACCGCAAGUGUGGAGCGGAGAUGGUGGCCCGCGGUCACAAAGUGCUUACACCGCAGGGGGCGCUCCGUGUGCACCCUGGAGCCCGCCCCAGCCAGCGCUCCCCGUGACCUCAGACUCUCAGCCACCUCUUCUGAGCUCGCUGUCUGGUCUCUCUAGCCUGGCUGGGGUGCCCGGUAGCUUGGAAGGAGGUUUUGCAUCCUUGCCGAGUUCCUUCAGAAGGGGCUGCGGUCCGGGAAGAGUGUCCCCAUAGAAGCACGAACUUCCUGCACGGUGGCCUUUUCAGCAGGGCAUCUCUGUGAUGCGAAAGUGCCGCUCGCUGUGGCUGUCGGGGGCGGUGACGGCCCCUGGACGGAACCGCUGUGGUCCACCCUGCGUGCGUCAGCCGCCAGUGGGCCGCCGUGGCCAGCCGUCGUGACGAGCUCGGCCUGUGGUUUGGUCCCCUGGCGGGUCCCGAGGCCAAACCCUGAGGAAUGCCAGCGUCUUCACACUCUUGUCAUUCAUUUUCCGUGGCAGGAGGGGCCCGUGGUCUCCCCGGCCACCCUUCCAGCAACCUCCAUGAGCACCGAGCUCAGUGAGAAGAAGGAGGGGCCCGGGAGUUAGACGUCAGACCUACGCCUUCCUCUUGCUGACGAGGUGCUGCUGGGCGCGAACCCCCUUGGGAGGGCGGGCCGGUGUCUCUGCAGAGCACGAGGGGGCCUUGGCAGGCUCAGGAACCUUCUCUUUUUUCUAAUUGCACUAUACUUGUUCCAGCUUCAGUCCGGAGACACUUAAGACCUCUGUGGGGUCAUGACCCAUAGACUUAGCAAGUCUUGCCUUAUCUGUGGAGCUUGACAGGGAGAAAUGUGACCGCUGUCUAAUGUCCAUAGUUCAUUUCCUCUCGGCUCUCUCUUUCCACAGAUUGUGUUCAUCGAACCAUUUUAUUUUAUUUUUUUUACCAGAGUACUGUACUUGGCUAUUUGCAGUGUUUUCAAAACCAAAUGUUUCCUUUUUUUUGUGUUUUUAAUCUUCAAUACUUGGUGCAAUAGAAGCUGCAAAGAUGUGCCACUUUAUCUACGACACGGGGUUUUGUACGCCAAUAAAUUCUAGUUUAAAGACAAA